AUGCCGAAAUGGAAUAUUAAGAACAAAUGUACGGAGAAUAAUGUAUCUUGUACAUCAACCUGGGGUAAUGGCGGGUCGUACCAUGGCGGUGGCGAAAAUCCGAAUGCGCUUGCGUGCUGUUUGACCUGGCCUGUGCUUGUUUCUGGGGAUAUUCGUCGGCUUGAGUCACCCCAAAAGCGAAAUGUUGACACAGAGUAUUCCGACGAUCCUUCAGAGGACAUUUUGCGGGGUAUUACCCGUGGACUCCUGAUCCUCAACCUUGGAACCCGACAAGUAACAUUGGAAGGGUCCACGGCCGGAUGUUACCGUGGCUAUCUGUUGCGGGAGCGUGGCCAGUAA